AUGAUGGAGCAAUCCAUGUUCACAGACGCAGAGCUACAACUGAGCACUGAGCGGCGUCUAAAGUACCAGGGGACCGCUAAAAUCAGUCUGGAUCAGAUAUCACGUCAUCCCUCUGUCACACAACAACUCAAUCCUAAAAAUAUUGAGAGGUUAUGUGAUAUAUUUCGCGAGGAUGGCUGCCAUCGAUUUGAUAUACAAAACCACGUAACGGCUGUUGUGAGCCGUCGACACUUAAAGCGUGCACGACGAGUGGCUCGGAUCACAGCUGAUGAUCUACUGACUAAGCCUCCCGAGAAAAACCCGGUUCUCUGCUUCCCCUCUGGCCAAGUUCACUGUCUUCACGGUCAGCAUCGUCUCAAGGCCGCCGAAAAAACUCUUGCUCCCAGCGAAAGAUGGUGGACCGUUGACCUUUAUCUUGAUGAUAUAAGCCUUGAUCUACGAAACACCCUUAUCGACGAGUAUGCGAACGAGAAACCGCCAAGUGAUGGCGAGAUAUAUCGCAAACUUCGACAGUAUCAAAAUGAGCAUAAUGCACCUUUUCAGAAACGAUGGUGGGCACGCCUAUCGGACAACAAAGCCAAGCGACUACGGCAGUUGAUGUCGCCUGAUAAUAUUGACAUAUGUACCGCUUUCGAUGCACUUUUACCAAUUCCUGGACUCUGGGGCAGUAUGAGCAUUGGUUCUCUCAAUCGUGUACUGGCACUGAAAUGCGAUGAAGAAAUUGUCCACUAUUUACAGCACGUGAAGAGAUUUUGGUCAACUCUAGUGGACGAUGAUCGAGAAAAGAUGGCGAAAAUCGAUAUCGACACCGUGGAGGCGCUUCAGUUAAAGGCCCCAGCAGCCAGUGCUGCAGAUGCUAGAGCUAUCAAAGGUAUGAUUCUUAGUGGUGAAGCCUUCUCGCUCUUGACAGAACCCGAGAGAACCGCUAUCUGGGAGAGGAUGAGUACCCACGACGCCUGUGACGGUAUCAUUCCAUCUCUCUUUACUUUUUUUCGCGACGUGAAUUACUUGGAAGCCUGCGCAAACGGCAUAAAGCAGCUAGUUGAACUCAGCAAAGGAUGCCCGACGGUAAGAGUGGCCAUGAAGCACGCUUUCAAGUUUGACGGCCGCCGAGAGACAUGCCCAGUGCAAACAUCGGAAGCGGCAUUCCGGAGCCAAGCCGGCUCAACAUCGGAUCUUUUCGAGUUGGCUUAUCGACAACUGUGGUUGUUUGUCAUGCGCCAUUACCCGCAGCUAGCAAGAAAACCCACGAGCAAAAAAGUCGUUGCAAAAAGCAGUUGCGGCGAAGCGGACGAGAUCGUACUCCAUGACAUGGCCGUUUUGUCACAGAGACUGGGGUUCGAUUCGACCUCCGUGACAGACUUAUUGAAAUGUGCUCCUGAUCGGCAGAUUGCACGUGAGGCACUCCUUAAGGCACGUAAACCGGGCAGCUAUCGGUAUGAUGCGGAUACAUUUGAAUCUCUCAUCGACCGAGUGGUAGAAUGUUUCGCUUCCGCUGUCGCUUACGGCACCCACCCAGCGUCCAAUGUUGUCCUACGUGGGGUUUCCAGGCUUCGCUCUCGCUGUGGGCCACCACGUCAAGAUAUGCAUCUAUUAGAUCGAUCACUACUAUUUCUGGACCGUGUACAUGCAAAGAGUCCAUCGACUUCCGACGUAGUAUCUUCGUUUUAUGUCAGACAAUGUGUAUAUUUCGCCUUUUUUGGCAACCCUUCUACUGACGGCAGAGAACAACUCGAUAACACAGACAAUCCGCAGUCCCCUCUGUUCGUUCCGGUGGAUGGGCAUACAAAGACCUCUGCACAAGACCAACGUCGAGAGCGACGACGUCAAAGGCGCGAACAAAGGGACCGACGCCGCAGAAAAAGGCGAGACAGAGUUGCUGGACAUUCCCUUCCUCUUGAAACAGACAGUCCGGUUGCUUCCAGCAAUGCCGACUACGAUACAAUCAUGCGUGACUCCGCGCAGGCCUCUUCCGAGGCUGAAGAUAUGGCUUCGAUUAGAUCUCUUGGCGACACUGGUACCAUCGGAGAGAAUGAGUAUGCAAUGCGAGAUGCUCUCGCCUACGACCCCAGAUGUAGCUCCGAACCUGACUCAGAGAUCUUGCCCGAUGCCGAUCAUGAGGGCCAAGGGGAGCAAGGGGAGCAAGAGCAGGAGGAGCAAGAGCAGGAGGAGCAAGAGCAGGAGGAGCAAGAGCAGGAGGAGCAAGAGCAGGAGGAGCAAGAGCAGGAGGAGCAAGAGCAGGAGGAGCAAGAGCAGGAGGAGCAAGAACAAGAGGAGCAGUCUCCGAAACAACUUACCGAAACGAAAAGCAUGAGCGUCGUAGGGGAUUCUGACUAUGCAACCUCUUACUUGAGCGAGUCUGAAAAUCUGAAUCAGCAUGCACAGGACGUGUCUGAAACCGCACUGCCAUUGCCGCCAGGCAAUCCGUCUCAACACCAAGAUUCAGCUCGGUCUUCACAGAUGACUGUAGAAUACGAGCAGGAGUCGCUCGAACAGGAGUCAUCUCCCAAUGCCUGUGUUCCAGAGGAAACCUCGAAACAUGACUCCGACGCUAUCAAUUUGCAGCGACCCGAGCAAUCACCGAACCUCGCCCCAUCAAACCAAGAAAUCUUGCAGCGAAGUGAUGACGAAGGAGAUGCUGCGGAAAACGCGGUACAGAAAGCGCUUCGAGAACUUGAACAGGGAGCGGAGAUACGAGCAAGGGCAGCGAACUUUGAGCAAGUUCCAGAGCAAUCUGCCUCACCAGACAAGCAGAUUUCCGAACCCGACGAACAGACGCUGGCCCAAUCUGAGUCUGUGACGGAAAGAACUGGUUCGAUUGACCGACCAGCGGCAGCGAGUUUACAUUCCGAUCAAGUCAUUCAACGGGGUCGAAUGGCACAAAGUGCAAGGGCGGCGAAGGCCAUCACUCAGUUUGACAUCAUGGGUAUGGAUCAGGAUACCGUAGAAACAACUGAAGGGGGGCAGUCCAAUCAGCAAAGCCCGGCAGAAAUCAUUGCACAGAACGAGGCAGCGGCCCACCCCGAACCCAGGGGACCGUCGGACAACGAAGGAGAGAAUAAUAGAAAGAAACCGCGCGAAACUGAAGGUGAUCUGGACGAGGCGGUUGCCUCAGGUCAGAGUAUAGGCGAAUUCACUGCCCCGCCUCUGCCAGAAGCACUCCAUCCGCGUCGACGUCCUCCCCCGAAUACGGUCACGAUCACUUUCAAAGCUUACGAGAAUGGGGGAUGGCAUGUCACGGACAAGGUCCAGGUCGACCCGAACGAUACGUCAGAAGCACAGCGGAUAGCGAAUAAAUAUGCUCGCAAAGAUAACCAACAUGCGCGGUUCUAUGACAAAAAGCUGCGUCUGGUCAGCGCCGCGCAAUGUGUCCGAGCCGCAAUGCACGAUGGCUCGAACACUGUUCUGAUGAGCCUCUGGCAGGAGCUUGAGGUAACGCCAGCGAAUGUGGCCGAGGUGGCCAAGAUGCUCAAAGCGGAUGAGGAAAACCAGGAUCUUGCCUUAAUCUUGUAG